UUGUUAAAGUAACCGUGUACAAAAGCUCGUGUGCGUAUGAUUCCAUUUCCUCAAAUAGGAGUGUAAGACUGGAAAUUAACUUUGGUAAUGAGAAACGCGUGGUCUUCAUAGCUAUUAGCACUUAAAAAGGUUUCACCAUGAACAGCCAGGUGUGUUAUAUUAAGAAAACGUUUCAGAUUUUUUUUUUUUUCCUGCUGCAUUGGGUCUUCGUUGUCGCGCUUGGGCUCAAUAGUUGUGGCUCGCGGGCUCUAGAGCGCAGGCUCAGUAGUUGUGGCACGUGGGCUUAGCUGAUCCACAGCAUAAGGUAUCUUCUCGGACCAGGGCGCGAACCCAUGUCCCCUGCAUUGGCAGGCAGAUUCCUAACCACUGUGUCACUAGGGAAGCCCGCAACUUUUCAUAUUAUAAGAUGCAUUUUUCCAGGCAAUAACGUCACAAAUUUCUUGGGACUUUCUUUGCCUGGUACAACCCUCGGGGUGCCUCUGGGGGCGGACGUUGCUCGCCCAUGCGCAGACUGCACCACAGCGUGGUGCUGUGGCACCGCGAGACUUCCGCAGCUCCCCCACAGGCCCCACCCCCAUUUCCGGCUUUUCGCUCCGCCCACUCGGCGUCUCGGGAUCCUCUCCCUGGCCCGGCUCCAGCAGCCUCGCUCUGGGUCCGCGCCACACUCUUCUCUGCGGGCGGCUGGCUUCCCGGCGGGUUUUGUUUGCGACGCUGUCGUGCCACAGCGCGCUUUACGGCCGCGGGGACGGAGCGAGCCGGUGCCAGGGCCCCUCCGGCCCGGAAACAGGACUGGCGAGCGAGGUUGAUGCCCGGCGGCGGGGCGAGCGCGGCGUGUGGCCGUCUUCUUACCGCCGCGGAGCAAAGGAGGGCCCGGGAAGCGGCGGGGUCGGUGUCUAGGAGCGGGCCAGGAGGCUCCGGCUCCGGCGGCGGCAGAGGCGGAGCGGGUGGCCCCGGGCCGGGUUGUGGAGGCCCGGGGGGCCCCGCGUGCAGGAUGAGCCUGACCCCGAAGGAGCUUUCGAGCCUGCUGAGCAUCAUCUCGGAGGAGGCGGGCGGCGGCAGCACCUUCGAGGGCCUGUCCACCGCCUUCCACCACUACUUCAGCAAGGCCGACCACUUCCGCCUGGGCUCUGUGCUUGUCAUGCUGCUGCAGCAGCCGGACCUUCUGCCCAGCGCGGCGCAGCGCCUCACGGCGCUCUACCUGCUUUGGGAGAUGUACCGCACCGAGCCGCUCGCCGCCAACCCCUUCGCCGCCAGCUUCGCGCACCUGCUUAACCCCGCGCCGCCCGCCCGCGGCGGCCAGGAGCCCGACCGGCCGCCGCUCUCAGGAUUUUUGCCUCCUAUAACUCCGCCAGAGAAGUUUUUCCUUUCCCAGCUGAUGCUGGCCCCUCCACGGGAACUCUUCAAAAAGACACCGCGACAGAUUGCCUUGAUGGACGUCGGAAACAUGGGCCAGUCUGUGGACAUUAGCGGGCUUCAGCUAGCCCUGGCCGAACGCCAGUCUGAAUUGCCAACUCAGAGUAAGGCCAGCUUCCCUAGCAUUCUCAGCGACCCAGACCCGGAUUCUUCUAAUUCUGGAUUUGACAGCUCCGUUGCCUCUCAGAUCACAGAAGCUUUAGUCAGUGGACCAAAGCCACCUAUUGAAAGCCAUUUUCGGCCGGAGUUUAUCCGUCCACCACCUCCGCUCCACGUGUGUGAGGAUGAGCUGGCUUGGCUCAAUCCAACCGAGCCCGACCACGCGGUUCAGUGGGACAAGUCGAUGUGUGUGAAGAACAGCACUGGCGUAGAGAUCAAGCGAAUAAUGGCCAAAGCCUUCAAAAGCCCCUUAUCUUCUCCUCAGCAGACACAGCUCCUUGGAGAGUUGGAAAAGGACCCCAAACUUGUUUAUCAUAUUGGCCUCACUCCAGCCAAGCUUCCUGACCUAGUGGAAAACAACCCUCUAGUUGCUAUAGAAAUGUUGCUGAAGUUAAUGCAGUCAAGCCAGAUCACUGAGUAUUUUUCGGUUCUGGUGAAUAUGGACAUGUCAUUACAUUCAAUGGAAGUUGUAAACCGACUAACUACAGCUGUUGAUCUACCUCCUGAAUUUAUUCACCUUUAUAUAUCAAAUUGCAUUUCUACCUGUGAACAAAUUAAAGAUAAAUAUAUGCAGAAUCGUCUGGUGCGUCUCGUGUGUGUCUUUCUCCAGUCCUUGAUCCGUAACAAAAUCAUCAACGUGCAGGACUUGUUUAUAGAAGUGCAGGCCUUCUGUAUUGAGUUCAGCAGGAUACGAGAAGCUGCAGGCCUCUUCCGGUUGUUGAAGACCUUGGACACUGGGGAGACACCUUCUGAGACCAAGAUGUCCAAGUGAUAGCUCGUCGGGACCACCUGUUCAUCGUUCAGCUAUGCUGUGCUUUUCAUUUUAAAAAGUGUUCAGACCCUGAGUGAUUGCUUGGCUUUAAUGCGUAUAAACACCAGUUUAUCCACUUAAAGCAAAGUUUUGCUUUCCUGGAUGACUUUUUCUUUAGAUGAAUUUUGGUAAGAACUUGGACGAAUGUGUCUUGUAGGUGUCUCGCUGAUGAUUAUCCACUGGGGAUGUCAUCCCAAACGAAGUCACUGCACAAAGUAGAUGAGGUCUUCAGCUGAAGAGCUGAAGAGCAAGGUGCCUGUUUUUGCUUAAGAUGUAAGUCACGGGCUUCAGAUAAGGCAAGAAUACCGUUUUCCUGAGGUUCCAACGUUGAAAGUGUUUAGUGAGAGUAAAUUGAAGACACUCUCAAGAACCUGCCUUACUGCCCCUGAGGUCUUGAGUCAUCAUCACAUGACGGUAUUCUGACCCUUGAACUUCUCACUGGGUGCAGUGUGAGCCUCGGACACCCGUGUACCUUAUCCUUUCUUGUCAUGGGGACCUAAGAGACAACAGCGGGCUGCCUACAGACGUGGGAAUUCUUAGAAACCUUUUCCGAGACUGUAAGAGCUGGUAGUUUUCUGGGCCUUCUCUCCUGUUAACAGUCUAAAAGAGCGUCGGUACUUCAGGAGGAAGGACGGCACCGGGGGCCGUGCUGCACGGCUGCUCGCCGAGUGGGCUUUGUGCCCUCCCCGUGGCGUCCUGUGGGCUGUUUAACCCCUCAUUUGACUAUGGACAGCAGUGCCUUACAUUAAAGUUUUCUAUGAACUCUA